AUGAAUAUUACUACCGAUUCUUCAAUGAGUUCUGACUCGAACAGUACUCCAUGGACCAUCAUAAUCUCUCGAACCCAACGAGGAUCUACUUGUUUUGGAAUGCUCACAAACUUCAUUUUAAUUCUAUUAAUUUGGUUCAAAUCUCCCAAAAAUUUGGGUGUUUAUAAGUACCUUAUGAUCUACGUUGCAAGUCUUGAGGUGGCAUUCGGAGUUCUUGAUUUACUGACAGUACCCGAUAUGUACUCACAAGACUCUGCAUUUUUUGUUAUGGUAGAUCCAAGGAAGUCAGCUUUGCCAGAGAGUUUUAUACAGGUGGCAGAUUGUAAGUUGACUUGUGACAGACAGAAAGACAAAGUUGAUGUUCAGUGGCAUUCUGUGGAGCAUUUGGAGUCUCUCUUGCCAUUUUUGGUGUUCAAUUCGCUUAUCGAUAUUUUGUAUUAA